CUAUGUGUAUAAAAAUGAAAAAAAAAAUAUAUCGCAAAAAAAUUAUCUGAUUUUUUUAUAUAAAAUAGAUCGUAAUUUACGGAUAGAAAGAGACAGAAGAAUGUUGUCAAAAAUUUUCCGUCAUCUUCAUGUUCGAUCUAUGGUUGGAGGAAGUUCCGUCAAACCACGACAAUCCCAAAGACAAGAGGGUUUUUUUUUUUUCUUUUUUGUUUUUUCGGUUUUCAGACACGGUCAUUACUCAAACCUUUUUAUACACAGAAAAAUGAAAGACUUUCUGUGUCUCUGAUAGCAUCUCCUUUUGGAUUCACCUUUCUUUCUCUUUCUCUCUCUCUCUCUCUCUGAGGUAAAAGUGAAGUCAACAAGGAGAUGAGUGAGAAUGGAAGAGUACACCCGAAUUGUGUUAAUGCUGCUAAUCCCUACCAUGAAUGUGGUGUAUAUUGCCUAAACAAGAUUGCUGAUGGCAAGGGACAAAAAGAAAAGGAUAAAAAGAAAUUAGGUUCCAAAAUUCUUGAUGCCUCCAGAAGCUUUGGCAGUAAAAAGAAGGGAUCUGAGUCUCAACCGAAGUCCUCUCGAGCACUUGAGAUUACCCCUACCAUAGAUGCAGUUUACCCGGUUGACCCCAAGUCACCUCGGUCUCAUUUUUCUAGAAAGAAGAUGGAAGCAGAGAAUGCUGAGUCCUUGUCUUCUUCUGAGCGACACUCAGAAGAGAUAUAUUCCCAGGAUCGAUCAUUUGAUAAGGCCCAAAUUCAAUACUCUCAAUCAUUGCCUAUGUCUGGCAAAAUCGUGUCUCCUGCUGAUACACCAACCAAAUUUAAAGCAGAGAAGGUUCAAAAUUCGCCUAAGGUAAGUUCAGAUGCAAGUACUGAGCAUGGGAGAGAAGAUCCAACAAGCUCAAACUUUAGUUUCUCAGGGAUUGGCCGAGCUCUAGAAGAGAGUGAUGAGGAAGAAGAGGUAGAAUCUGUUAUCUCUGAUUCCUGUGUAUCAGUUGGAAAAUACCAUGUGAAAGCAAGUAUCUCCUCGAUUCUACAGUCAAUUUUUGAUAAAUAUGGAGACAUAGCAGCUAACUGUCAAUUGGAAUCAGCUUCCAUGCGCGCUUAUUAUUUAGAGUGCUUGUGUGCUGUAGUUCAAGAGUUGCAUUCCACUUCAUUCAAGCAACUAACCAAAGCAAAAGUAAAAGAAAUGUUUGCUGUUCUUAAGGAUGUAGAAUCUGCACAUAUUGAUGUUAGUUGGCUGCGUGCCCUGCUCAAUGAAAUCUCAGAAGCCAUUGAGCUUGUUAGUCAACGUCAAACUUUCGAAGCGAAAAAGGUCAAAUACAAUCGUUAUUUAGAGUCAGUAAGGAAAGAACUGGAAUCUAAAAUGGAAGAACUAGCUCAGAAGGAAAAGGAGGCUGCUGAUGCCCAGGAACAAGUCACAGAAACCAAGGCUCGUUUGGAUGACAUUGAGCAUGAAUGUUCUCAACUGGACAAAGCUAUUUCAUCCAUAGUAUCCAUCAUGGAAAAAUUCCAGGGCAAAUCUCUGGCGGAUGAGCUCUUGUAAUGGCGUUUUGCAAACAUUACCAUUUCCAUUAUCUAGAUAUCUUUACCUUUUGUUUGAUACUUGAUGGUGUCAUGAAAGUAGUUUGUGUAGAGCAAUUGAUAAUAGGCUUUGAUACAUGUUAUCAACUUAUCAAGUACCAUAUCUAAUCUGAUACCAGGCCUUUCUAGAAUAAUCGAACCGUCUCUUUGAUCUUAGCCUCAAGGCUUGAGAUUUGUGGGUUGCAUUUUUGCUUAACCUCAAUCCUGUAUGAUCCUUUUAUUAAACUUUUCUUCUUUUUUUUUUCCUUUUAUAAUUUGAAACAAAAACUGUUCAAUAAAACAAGUUCAAUUUCAUGUCUUCCUUUGUCCUUGACUCCUGUCUUAAUUCAUGGCGUUUUUCAUGUUUUUUUAAUGUUACUGACAAACAGUCAAAAUAUUUAAUUGGGUCCCAACAAGCUUUGAGCUUAGGGGGCCUUUUGACCAACUUCGACCCAAUUUAAAUUCGACCCGACCCGACUUGACCAACCAUCCACCCGUCUAAAUAAAUAAUAACUAUCCGAUCCGAAUUUCUACGUUAAUUAUAAAACAUAAAAGUUUUUAAAAAGAAGGCCUUUUUUCUUCAUCACCCAAAUAAAACCCUAGCCAAAGGGGAAGUAUAAAGCAAUCGAAGCAAAUUCCGCAAUCAGGU